CACCACCUCAUCGUAUACCGACUGCUUACAAUCCGCUCCCUAUCUUAACGCUAGGCCCACGUUACUCCCGUUCAUGCCCCUGCGCCGAUUCUUUCCAGUAAUUCCCGCAUCGGCUCCCCACGAUUUCGCCGCAUUCUUGCGGAGUAUGCGCGCCUCAAGCACAUGCGCAUGCUACAAAGGAUCGUUGACCAGAUGGACGGGACUGCACGCAGGCUAUGGGCGGAAAAGAAGAUGGCGUUCGAGACAGGGGACCAGGCGCUCGCGGAGCAGGUCGGACGAGGGAAAGAUAUCCUGAGUGUGAUGAUGCGUGCAAAAAAUGUUCGCUUUGGAGAAGGAUCACAUCCCUGAUGAAGAGCUCGUCGCUCAAACGAACCUCCUCACAUUUGCCGCGUUUGAUACGACUACAACUGGACUCUCCCGGGUUCUUCAUCAAAGACCACCACCGGCCCGACAUCCCUCAAUUCAAGUCUCGCCUUCCCCCGCUCCCGCCCCUAUCUCCACACAAGCAUCCCUGUCUGACUUCGCCCGCGACUUCUAUGCGGCAGGUGGUGGCCAAGCCGGCGCAUCAUCCUCUGCUUCCCAUCCGACUCCACCCUCAUCGUCUUCACCUGCCCUGUCUAGCCGAUACGCGCCGCCUCCCGGGCCGUCGCCUCGUCAUAAUACCGGCUUCAAGUACUACGAUCCCUCGCACCCCUGUUGUAAAUGCUGGGAGAAAUACUCUCGGCCGUACAGCGGCGCCGUUGCGCACGCCCCCACGAAUUUCUCUGCGACACCCACGCCAUCCACGUCGGGCAAGAGCUUCCAGCGACCGUUACCGAAACUACGCCCAGCCGGCCCGGGCAGCGACCUCGGCCGUUCGCGGACACAAUCGUAUGGUCGAAGGCCGGACUACCCCUGCGUUGCCAGCCAUCACAGCUACUCGCGCAGCCAUCCCCCUGCUGCGGGCGUGCCGGGGAACGCGGCGCCAGGAUCUGCAUACACGGGUUACAUCGACAUCGAAGCGAAGCACUUCUUUUUCUACUUCUUCGAGGACGACGUGAUUCUAUGGACGAACGGAGGGCCAGGCUGCAGCUCGUCGAUAGGGCUUUUCAUGGAACUUGGUCCGUGCCUCAUCCCCUCCACCGACCACAAAACGGUCUACAACCCUUACUCGUGGAACGCCGCGGCGAACAUCUUCUUCAUCGACCAACCCGUCGGUGUCGGCUUUUCAUACGCCGAACACGGCGACACGUCGCGAGUCCACAUGCCUCCGGACACGAGCGAAGAUGCCGCUGCGGACAUUGCCGCCUUUGUCGUGAUCUUCUUCGAGCACUUCCCGCAGUUCAAGGGCCGAGGGUUUCAUAUGGCGGGCGAGUCGUACGGCGGGCAGUACAUCCCAGUCUUUGCCUCAGCCGUGUACGACCAGAACGUGUUGCUGGUCAAAGCGGGGAUGAUCCCGAUCAACCUGACGUCUAUCAUGAUCGGCAAUGGUGUGACGGAUUACUAUACCCUGAUGCCGUCGAGGUACGAGAUUAUGUGUACGACCGCGUCCGUCAGCCCAAUUUUGCCUAUCGCAGAUUGCGUUCGUAUGAAGCAGGCAGUUCCCCGAUGCGUGAAAUGGAUGAAUGAAUCUUGCGUGGACCAGUUCGAUGCGAUCAACUGCGCAGCCGCCGAGAGCUUUUGCGGCACCGAGAUAGACGACCCGUUCCUCGCGACCGGCUUGAAUCCGUACGACAUCAGUAAGGAGUGCGACGGGCCCCUCUCGGAGACACUCUGCUACCCGAUCACGAUGGACAUCCGGCACUACCUCUCCCUCCCCUCCGUCCGCACCGCGCUCGGCGUCGACCCCAUCUUCACGGGAAACGUCAGCUGUUGCAACCCGGCCGUCAGCGCCGCGUUCCACGCCGCGAUGGACUACCGCCGGCCCACGCAGUUUCACGUUGCGGCGCUGCUCGAGCGCGGCGUGCGCGCGCUCAUCUACGUCGGCGCGCACGAUUUGGGCUGCAAUUGGGUCGGAAACGAGCGCUGGACGCUCGAGCUCGAGUGGACGGGGCAGGAGGAGUUCAAGGGGGAGAAGUUGAGGGAGUGGAGCGUGAACGGCGUUGCGGCGGGGAAGACGAGGAGCGCGCGGGGGUUCACGUUUGCAACGGUGGAUGGCGCGGGGCAUAUGGCUCCGUACGAUAAGCCCGAAGAAACCCUGGAACUCGUCAAACUCUGGCUCGCGGGUCAGGAGCCUUGA